GACAGCAACCAUUCAGAUGCCAAUGAGAAACCGCGUAAAGGAAGUUGUAUUGGGCAUGCGCGACGUCCGGCUGUUAGCGUGUUCAUUUCGUUGAUUUCAAGGACCUCACUUUGCCGUCCCGCUCUGCUUGGGGCUCUUGGUUCUGAUCUAAGUUUGAGUCCAGAACUUGGGAAAAAUGGAUUUCCAGCACCGUGCGGGUGGAAAGACAGGGAGCGGUGGAGUGGCAUCUGCCUCGGAGAGUAACCGUGAUAGAAGAGAACGACUCCGCCAGCUCGCGUUGGAGACGAUCGAUAUCAACAAAGAUCCCUAUUUUAUGAAAAAUCACUUGGGGUCAUACGAGUGUAAACUUUGUCUGACUCUGCACAAUAAUGAGGGUAGCUAUUUGGCACACACGCAAGGAAAGAAGCAUCAGACCAAUUUAGCUCGGAGAGCAGCUAAGGAAGCCAAGGAAGCUCCGGCUCAGCCAGCUCCAGCCAAAGUCAAGGUCGAGGUCAGAAAGUUUGUCAAAAUCGGUCGACCUGGUUAUAAAGUGACCAAGCAGAGGGACCCAGAGACUGGACAGCAGUCUUUACUUUUCCAGAUUGACUACCCUGAAGUCGCUGAAGGGAUUGGGCCCCGACACAGAUUCAUGUCUGCAUACGAGCAGCGUAUUGAGCCACCUGAUCGUCGUUGGCAAUAUUUGCUGAUGGCGGCUGAACCCUAUGAAACCAUCGCUUUCAAAGUUCCUAGCAGAGAAAUUGAUAAAGCCGAGAGCCGAUUUUGGACUCACUGGAACAGAGAAACUAAGCAGUUCUUUCUUCAGUUUCACUUCAAAAUGGAGAAGCCUCUCGGGCCUCCCAUGGGUGGUCCCAUUCCAACAGGCAUGAAGCGCCCACCUCCGCUGAUGACAUCGCACACUGGACAUGACUCCAUGUCUGGUCCACCGCUUCCCCCUGGAGCUGCAGGACCUCCUCAGAUGCACAUGCCACCCAUGCCGAUGAGGCCCCCCCCACCUGAGAACCUCUGAACGUGAAGGCUUGAACUGUGUUUGAAGAAAAACUGCGUCUUGUAAACACAGUCAGGUUUUUAUGGCUUGUUUUUAUGUUGAGCUUUUGGUCAAAUGAAACUGGCUUCAUUUUGUACAGGUGAUUCAUGAUAUCUCCUCUAUUAAGAUUGUGUUUUUGUAAUUAAAUACCUUGUAGAAAACGUUCUUGCCUU